AUACAUAAAUUCCAAAAGUAAAAUAUAGAGUAAUAAUUAAAAUCAUCAUAAGUGAAGUACAUAUCAAUUCAGACCCAAUACAUGUCGGGCUGAUCUGAUGCCUUGAAAACUUUCCAUUCAGACAUUGCAUACUCAUUAAUCACAUACUCAACACUCAAUUAUACACACACACAGUCAUGUAUGCAUAUGAUAUCUUUUGUGAUCUUUAAUAUCAACAAACAACCAGCUGCAGGCAAAUUGGCUAAGAAUUUGAGAAAUGGCAACUCCGGUGGAGCCUCCGAAUGGGAUCAGAGUCCAAGGAAAGCAUUACUUUAUGAUGUGGCAAGCUUUGUUUGAAAUUGACACUAAAUAUGUUCCUGUCAAGCCUAUUGGUAGAGGAGCUUACGGCAUCGUAUGCUCUUCGAUUAACAGAGAAAGUAAUGAGAAGGUAGCAAUAAAGAAGAUUCAUAAUGCCUUUGAUAACCGUGUUGAUGCUUUAAGGACACUGCGUGAAAUAAAGCUCCUGCGCCAUCUGAGACAUGAAAAUGUAAUAGCUUUAAAAGAUGUUAUGAUGCCUACCCAAAGGAGAACUUUUAAGGACGUUUACUUGGUUUAUGAGCUUAUGGAUACGGACUUGCAUCAGAUUAUCAAGUCGUCUCAAGCACUUUCAAAUGAUCAUUGCCAAUAUUUUCUAUAUCAGUUGCUCCGAGGUCUCAAGUAUCUGCAUUCAGCUAAUAUUCUUCAUCGUGACCUUAAGCCUGGCAACCUACUUAUAAAUGCAAAUUGUGACCUAAAAAUCUGUGACUUUGGUCUCGCCCGUACUAGUAGUGGAAAGGGUCAAUUUAUGACAGAGUAUGUUGUUACGCGCUGGUAUAGGGCACCAGAGCUACUCCUUUGCUGCGAUAACUAUGGGACAUCCAUCGACGUGUGGUCUGUUGGGUGCAUAUUUGCAGAGCUUCUCGGGCGCAAACCCCUAUUUCCUGGUACAGAGUGUCUUAACCAACUCAAACUGAUAAUCAACAUUCUUGGCAGCCAGAGUGAAAACGAUAUUGAAUUCAUUGACAAUCGAAAGGCUAGAAAUUUCAUAAAGUCACUUCCAUAUUCCCUUGGAACCCCAUUUCCCGACCUGUAUCCCCAUGCCCAUCCAUUAGCAAUUGAUCUACUCCAGAAGAUGCUUGUUUUCGACCCUGCAAAGAGAAUUAGUGUAACUGAUGCACUACAACACCCUUACAUGUCUUCUUUGUAUGAUCCUAACUGUAAUCCUCCAGCCCAAGUUCCGAUUGAUCUUGACAUAGACGAGGAUUUAAGAGAAGAUAUGAUAAGGGAGAUGAUGUGGUUUGAAAUGCUUCACUACCAUCCUGAAGCUGUUGCAUCCAGUAUGGGAGUAAAUUGAUAACCUUAUAAUUUGUCUUUUUGCAGAGCUCUUUCUUAAGGUUUGUGGACAUUAGAUUUCCCUUUGAUAUGAUUUUGUCACUUUUUCCCAUCCUAAUAAUCACUAGAAUAAUGCAGUAGCAGUUUGUGCUGUGACGCAUAGGAUUGCUAAAACAUUGUUUCCAUGAGCUUCAACUUUCCAUGACAAAUGCUCUUUAAAUUGUGUAUAUAUAUUUCAUGUUGUAAUUUUGAACAAUUUUGCCCCUGCAACUUAUCUAUGAAUUUGCAGAACAGGUUGGAUGA